AUGGGCCAAAGUCUCGAUGUGCUGAAGACGUGCGAUGGAAGUGACGGACAUGACGCGAAGCCAGGCUCGGCGACGAGCGCCAACAGAGGCUCUGCUAUGUGGGACGACGAUGUUGUGGUCAAUUGUGCUGCCCUAGAGGAGGGUGUGAAAAGCGUCGUGGCAUCAGCGAACCGCGGUGGAGCUCGAAUCAGUGAUGAGGUCUUGCUGAACCAUGAGCUUCUGCAAUAUGCUCGCCAGGGAAACCUACGUGGUGUCAGCGAAGCUCUGGACAAGGGCGCGUGGACAGAAACGCGUCGGCCGUUGGUCAUGAAGCCGCAGAAGCCCGAUGCCGGAAAGAAAGGGCACGGCGAAGAUCCUGCAGUGGUUGGAAUGACACCCAUAAUGUUUGCUGCCCAGAAAGGUUCAGUGGACUGUGUCAAGAGAUUACUGCAAGCUCGCGCUGAAGUAAAUGCGGUUGAAGAGGACGGUUGGAGUGCCCUGCACUUCGCGUCCAAGGAGGGUCACUUGCAAGUCUGUCAGGAGCUGCUGGAGUGCAAAGCAGAUCCAGCGCUCGCAAACAUUGAUGACCAGCGGCCUCUAGACGUCGCAGAUGAGGAGAUGUCCUUUAAGGAGAAGUUCAAGUUGAUAUGCAAGGAUUUGCCUGCUUGA